CUCGCAGGGAUCCCGGUGGAGUGACGGGAGAGUCCUCUCAGCUCCUGCCUCCCAGCGAUGGCGCCGCGGUGCCGCGCCCAGUCCCUUGCCCGCUGCUGGCCAGUCCUCCAGACUCUGCGGGGCUCUCGCUGAGACCCUGAGACCAGCGGAGCGGGUCCGAGGGAGCGGCCGGACGCUCGUCUGCCUGCGCCGGGGGACCAUGAGGAGCGGCCAGCGCGGCGGGGCUGACCGCGGGAGCCGCCGCGGCACCUGCUGAGGAGGAAAGAGGGAGCGGCCGGGGCGCGGCGGCGGCGGCGGCGGCGGCUCGGCCAUGUCGCUGCUCUGCGUGCGCGUUAAAAGAGCCAAAUUCCAGGGUUCACCAGAUAAAUUUAAUACAUAUGUGACCCUGAAAGUUCAGAAUGUGAAGAGCACAACAGUAGCAGUGCGUGGGGACCAGCCUUCCUGGGAACAAGAUUUUAUGUUUGAGAUUAAUCGCCUGGACUUGGGUCUAAGUGUGGAGGUAUGGAACAAGGGACUGAUCUGGGACACCAUGGUGGGAACUGUGUGGAUUGCACUGAAGACUAUUCGUCAAUCAGAUGAGGAAGGACCUGGGGAGUGGUCUACCUUGGAGGCAGAGACAUUAAUGAAAGAUGAUGAGAUCUGUGGAACUAAAAACCCAACUCCCCAUAAAAUUUUGCUUGAUACAAGAUUCGAACUGCCUUUUGAUAUCCCAGAGGAGGAAGCCAGAUAUUGGACCUACAAAUUGGAGCAAAUCAAUGCUUUGGGAACAGACAAUGAGUAUUCUAUUCAAGAAGAAAACCAGAGGAAGCCAUUGCCCACUGCUGCCGCCCAGUGUUCCUUUGAAGAUGCUGAUAGUGCCGUUGAUGAUCGAGAUAGUGACUAUCGCAGUGAGACCAGCAAUAGCAUCCCUCCUCCUUACCAUACGACGUCCCAGCCCAAUGCUUCUGUGCACCAGUUCCCUGUGCCUCUACGAUUGCCACAGCAGAUGCUGCUUCAGGGCAGUUCUCGGGACUCUUGCAAUGACUCCAUGCAGAGUUAUGAUAUUGAUUAUCCCGAGCGUCAAGCCCUCAGCCCCACUGGCAGUAGUAGAUAUGGCUCCUCCUGUAAUGUGAGUCAAGGAAGUUCUCAGCUGAGUGAGCUAGACCAAUGUCCUGAACAAGAUGAUGACUGUCGGGAGAGGGAGUCAAUUCAUUCCUGUCACAGCUCUGGCAGUUUCUCCAAAGAUGGCCAAGUUGGUUUUGGAGAACAAGAAAAAGACUUAGAAGUGAUAAGUGAAGCUAAGAAGGAAAUAUCAUGUGAACUGAAGGAGAUAAAAGAAGGUACAACAAUCCAUCAUCCUCCAGAUCUGGUGCUACACAAAGACCAUGUUCUAGACCCCCAAGAGAGUUUUUCGGAGGAGAAUGCAUCUUCACCAUUUACCCAAGCCAAAGCUCACUGGAUCCGAGCAGUCACCAAGGUUCGACUACAGCUGCAUGAGAUUCCAGAUGAUGGUGAUCCUUCCCUGCCCCAGUGGCUCCCAGAAGGGCCUGCUGGAGGACUCUAUGGCAUUGACAGCAUGCCAGAUCUGCGUAGAAAGAAACCACUGCCACUUGUCAGUGAUUUGUCACUGGUCCAGUCCCGAAAGGCGGGCAUUACUUCUGCAAUGGCUACACGCACCUCUCUCAAGGAUGAAGAGCUGAAAUCCCAUGUAUAUAAGAAAACUCUUCAGGCCUUAGUCUACCCUAUCUCGUGCACUACACCCCACAACUUUGAGGUCUGGACAGCCACCACCCCGACCUACUGCUAUGAGUGUGAAGGUCUCCUCUGGGGCAUUGCCCGGCAGGGCAUGCGCUGCAGUGAGUGUGGAGUCAAAUGCCAUGAGAAGUGUCAGGACCUCCUCAAUGCUGACUGCCUACAACGGGCUGCAGAGAAGAGCUGUAAACAUGGAGCUGAGGACCGGACUCAGAACAUUAUCAUGGCCAUGAAGGAUCGCAUGAAGAUCCGAGAGCGAAAUAAGCCAGAAAUAUUUGAAGUUAUCCGAGAUGUGUUCACUGUGAGCAAAGUUGCCCAUGUGCAACAGAUGAAAACAGUGAAGCAGAGUGUGUUGGAUGGCACCUCCAAAUGGUCAGCCAAGAUUACUAUCACUGUGAUGUGUGCCCAGGGCCUUCAAGCCAAGGAUAAGACAGGAUCCAGUGACCCAUACGUGACUGUGCAAGUGGGCAAAACCAAGAAGCGCACCAAGACCAUUUUUGGAAAUCUGAAUCCUAUUUGGGAGGAAAAGUUCCAUUUUGAGUGCCACAACUCUUCUGACCGCAUUAAGGUACGUGUGUGGGAUGAGGAUGAUGACAUCAAGUCAAGAGUAAAACAGCGACUAAAACGAGAGUCUGAUGAUUUCCUUGGCCAAACCAUCAUUGAGGUUCGGACUCUAAGCGGCGAGAUGGAUGUCUGGUACAACUUGGAGAAGAGGACCGACAAAUCAGCCGUCUCAGGGGCUAUCCGACUACAAAUCAGUGUGGAAAUCAAAGGGGAAGAGAAAGUAGCUCCAUAUCAUGUGCAGUAUACAUGUCUCCAUGAGAACCUCUUCCAUUACCUUACUGAUAUUCAGGGCAGUGGAACAGUCCGGAUCCCCGAGGCUCGAGGAGAUGAUGCAUGGAAGGUGUACUUUGAUGAGACUGCUCAAGAAAUUGUGGAUGAAUUUGCCAUGCGCUAUGGCAUUGAGUCCAUAUAUCAGGCUAUGACGCACUUUGCAUGUUUGUCAUCUAAAUAUAUGUGUCCUGGUGUGCCAGCAGUAAUGAGCACUUUACUGGCCAACAUCAAUGCCUACUAUGCCCACACAACUGCUUUCACCAAUGUUUCUGCUUCUGAUCGCUUUGCAGCUUCCAACUUUGGGAAAGAGAGAUUUGUAAAACUACUGGACCAGCUGCACAACUCACUGAGGAUUGACCUCUCUACAUAUAGGAAUAAUUUCCCUGCUGGGAGCCCCGAGAGACUUCAGGACUUAAAGUCCACAGUGGAUUUGCUGACUAGCAUUACUUUUUUCAGAAUGAAGGUACAAGAAUUGCAGAGCCCUCCAAGAGCAAGCCAAGUGGUAAAAGAUUGUGUGAAGGCCUGUUUGAACUCCACUUAUGAAUAUAUUUUCAACAACUGCCAUGAUUUGUACAACCGCCAGUACCAACUGAAACAGGAGUUACCUCCAGAGGAACAAGGGCCCAGCAUUCGGAACCUGGAUUUUUGGCCCAAACUCAUCACACUAAUUGUGUCAAUUAUAGAGGAAGAUAAGAAUUCUUACACACUUGUUCUGAACCAGUUUCCUCAGGAGCUGAAUGUGGGAAAAGUCAGUGCAGAAGUAAUGUGGCAGCUCUUUGCCCAAGACAUGAAAUAUGCUCUGGAGGAGCAUGAGAAAGAUCGACUGUGUAAGAGUGCAGACUACAUGAACCUGCACUUCAAGGUGAAGUGGCUACACAAUGAAUAUGUGCGGGAUCUGCCUGCCCUCCAGGGACAUGUGCCCGAGUACCCAGCGUGGUUUGAACAGUUUGUUUUACAAUGGUUGGAUGAAAAUGAAGAUGUGUCCAUGGAAUUCUUGCAUGGGGCCCUGGAACGAGACAAGAAGGAUGGGUUCCAACAGACAUCAGAACAUGCACUCUUUUCUUGCUCUGUGGUGGACGUUUUCACACAGCUCAAUCAGAGCUUUGAAAUCAUCCGGAAGCUGGAGUGCCCAGACCCUACUAUACUGUCUCAUUACAUGAGGAGAUUUGCUAAGACCAUCAGAAAAGUACUGAUACAGUAUGCAGAUAUCUUAUCAAAGGACUUUCCAGCUUAUUGCAAAAAGGAGAAAAUGCCCUGCAUCCUGAUGAACAAUAUGCAGCAACUGAGGGUCCAGCUGGAGAAAAUGUUUGAGGCCAUGGGAGGCAAGGAGUUGGACCCUGAAGCUUCAGACAGUCUGAAGGACCUGCAGGUGAAACUGAAUACUGUUCUGGAUGAGCUCAGCAUGGUGUUUGGAAACAGUUUCCAGGUACGGAUUGAAGAGUGUGUUCGACAAAUGGCUGACAUCCUGGGCCAGGUACGCGGCACAGGAAAUACAUCCCCCAGCGCCAGGGCCUCUGUGGCUCAGGAUGCAGAUAGUGUACUCAGGCCACUCAUGGACUUCUUGGAUGGAAACCUUACACUCUUUGCCACUGUGUGUGAGAAGACAGUCCUAAAGCGUGUGCUGAAAGAACUCUGGCGGGUGGUAAUGAACACAAUGGAAAGGAUGAUUGUUUUGCCUCCACUCACUGACCAUACGGGAACUCAGUUGAUCUUCACCGCUGCUAAAGAAUUGAGCCAUCUUUCCAAACUCAAGGAUCACAUGGUGCGAGAAGAAACAAGAAGUCUCACCCCAAAGCAGUGUGGUGUUCUUGACCUCGCCUUAGAUACCAUCAAGCAAUACUUUCAUGCAGGAGGCAAUGGACUGAAGAAAACCUUCCUGGAGAAGAGCCCAGAUCUGCAGUCUCUACGCUAUGCCCUGUCUCUAUAUACACAGACCACAGACACACUCAUCAAGACCUUUGUGCGCUCACAGAUUGCCCAGGUGCAUGAUGGGAAAGGUAUUAGGUUUACUGCUAAUGAGGACAUUCGGCCGGAAAAGGGUUCUGGUGUGGAUGAUCCUGUGGGAGAAAUCUCUAUUCAGGUGGACUUGUUUACACACCCUGGUACAGGAGAACACAAGGUUACAGUGAAAGUGGUGGCUGCCAAUGACCUCAAGUGGCAGACAGCGGGUAUGUUCCGGCCUUUUGUGGAGGUGACUAUGGUUGGUCCACACCAAAGUGAUAAGAAGAGAAAGUUCACAACCAAGUCAAAAAGCAACAACUGGGCCCCUAAGUACAAUGAGACAUUUCAUUUCCUCCUGGGAAACGAAGAGGGGCCAGAGGCCUAUGAGCUGCAAAUAUGUGUGAAGGAUUACUGUUUUGCCCGAGAGGAUCGAGUUCUGGGGCUGGCUGUGAUGCCUUUGAGAGAUGUAGCUGCCAAGGGCAGCUGUGCCUGCUGGUGUCCCUUGGGCAAGAAGAUUCACAUGGAUGAGACAGGCAUGACCAUUCUUCGAAUUCUGUCUCAGAGGAGCAAUGAUGAAGUUGCCCGAGAGUUUGUGAAGCUCAAAUCUGAGUCACGUUCCACAGAGGAGGGGAGCUGAGAACCUUGACUCCUGUGCCAACCAGAUGGCAAAAUUUCCACAAAACGGCCAAUGGAAGUUAACAGUGUCACCAGCUUGGGAUACUCCUGGUUAAGAGACUAGCUCCAUCAAUUGGGAAGAUUUAGGAGUGCUGAGAAUAUGUCUAUUCACAGAAAAAGUGGUUAUGAAUCCUUGAGCAGCAGGGUUUUGGUGCUAGGAGCUGGACUGUGGGGGAUUACCACAGAGAAAGAUUUCUUUUUUUUUGGAAAAAGAGGAAUGCAUAUUUGAAAAUGUCUGCUAUUCUUGGCCAACACUCCAUUACACCAUGUCUACCCCUUUCUAGACUAAUACCUUAUCCAAUUAGAUACAUAUCCACCCAAAAAGUAAUCAGUUGAGUGUAUGAGUAAACCUGGAUCUAGUAUCACAAUUGGAGAUGCCCAAAGCAGAAAGCACACAAAAUAAAAUUCAGAUUUUCUCUUGAACAGAAACUACUGGUUUUGUUUGGCUCCAAUAAGAACAAGGUUUUGAAAUUGAACUAGAAACCUUCCAUAAAUGGGUUGUGUUACUUCCUUUUCCAAACCAGGUUCACAUGGUGCUUCAGAGCUCUGAGCAGAAUAUUCUUUGGAACACAGCACCAGGGACCACCUGCCCAGGAGUUUCCCUACCUCACUCCUGUAGGAAGGGGAAUGAUGCUUUAGAACAUUAGGGACUAUUUUUUUUUAUGUGUAUAGACCUGAAGGACCAGGAGAGGGAGCUGUAUUUUCUUCUUGGGUAGGACCUGAACAAAGCCAAAAUUAGUGGAAAUGAGGCUAGAAAAAGUCCACCUCACCUAUAGUCACUGCCUUUUUACGGUCCUUCCCCUUGUAGAGGAAUUUAUCCUUUGGCCUCAUUCUCCUUCAUGUAGGUUAGCUGCUAUUCCCUUCAGAGAUGUUCAACCAAACAGAAGGAGCUGGACUAUGGUUUCUCUGUAUAAGAUGAAUAAAGGAGGCCUCAAUACUCCCUUGGAGAUCAGAAAUAAACUCAGGGGUGUUUAUGGACUUACCAGAUCAAUGCUCAAAGAUGUGAUGUGAUCCCUGGGUAUCUCCAGUAGCAGCCUUCUGGACAUCCUGAGGACUCUGCAUUGUUCACAGAUAUAAAGGCCAUUCCAUGAAAUGAUAAAUUAAGCAUAUUUGAUGUUAUUAAUUAUUAUAUGUGCCAUUGUUACAGGAGAUUUUUGCUAGUAUAUAAUAAAUUAUCUUAUAACAGCC